AUGGCACAUUCAGGGAUGUGUGAGUUUUAUUUGAGAGGCGAAUGCCGGUACGGCGUUAAGUGUUGGAAUAGGCAUGGUUUCGAGGAAGAGUUUAGGGGACAACCGUAUUUGAAUGCUGAUACGUACCGCAGGAGUCUGCAAUCUUCAAUUAAAGACAUUCGAAGAAUAGAAAGGGCAAAGGCAAAGGCUGCUCAAAGAAAUGCCUAUAACAUGAAUGCCGUAAAUGAGCAACUACCAGAACAAAAUUAUAGGGAAAGGCCAGAUCAACAUACUAUUACCGCUCCUACCUCAAGUGCACCUACCUCAAGAGCACAACUAGAUUAUCAUUAUGAAAGCCCAGCUCAAAAUACUAGUACCAUUAGUACUAACGCCUUAAUUGCACAAAUACAAGUACAAGAUCUUUGUGCAAGGCCGUAUCAAAGUUCUAGUACCAGUACCAAUAGUACUAAUGCCUCAACCGCUCAAGUACAAGCACAAGACCUUCAAUUGCAGCUUGAAGCACCCAUGAGACCGAUAUUAAAAAAACCUGUCAAUUCUAAAAUAGCAACGGAAAUGAUUGCGAACGAACUUUCUGCUGCGAGUAAUUUUAAUGCACUUCAUCAAAAAAAUAUGAAAGAAAGUACUGAAAAUCAUGGUUCUCUGUGGGAUGAUAUUUUAUUGUCUGCUAUUGACAGUAAUUUACUGUGCAAUAUAUGUUUGGAAAUCUUUAUUAAGCCAACUGUGCUUAACUGUUCACACACAUUUUGUGAAUCGUGCAUUGAUGUUUGGACAGACCGUGUAGUAGCAUGUCCAAUUUGUCGUGUGGAAGUUAAAUCAAAAUCAUAUUGUUUGACUUUAGAAGGUUUCAUUGAGAAGAUUGUGGAACAUUUGCCGAAGGAAAUUAAAGAUAAGCGUGAAGCAGCAAUAAAAGACCGCAUUAUUACUAAAAGGAAUAAAAGUUAUACCAACAAUUGUCCACCAAAUCGAAAUGAAUGGGAAGUUGUCAGAAUGAAUUUACAUCAAAGAUUAUUAAACGCUGGAUUUGAAAACGACCCUGUCGUAGAUUAUAUUACUCGCCAAGAAGAAAUCGAAAAUAGAAACAUAACUCGUCCAUAUAACUCUUCUACUCGUCACUAA